AUGAAAUCUCUUUUUGCAAUAAUUAAGACGAGAGACGAGGAUCGCAAAAUUCUGUAUGCAAGUGAAGAGCAAUUCAAUUUGGAUUAAGUGUUUAAUAUAAGAGAUGGAGAGAAUUCCGACAUUGUUACAUAUCGAGAUAAAAUUACACAAUUCUUUUAGCAAUUUUAAUAUUUUGGACUCAUUCAAAAAAGCAAUUUUCUUGGUUAUUCAACCAACUUCAUCAUCGAUUUCUUUUCACAGGAACGAAAAGCAUAAUGUCAUGAAUUAAUGAUCGAAGAUCUGAUAUUUUAUAUCCAGGCCAUCAAGGAGCCUGUGUCAAUUACUCUAGUAUUGGUGAUCUAGAAGGAGAGUUAGUACAACUCUCAAUAUGCCUCCUAUUGUUUAACUUUUAUAAAGAAGUGCUUAUAGAAAAUAGAGAAGGAGUCAAAGGCAUUAACUAGAAUGUCGAAUCUUAUCAUCCAAAAUAUAAGUCAAUUUGAGAAGGAGAUUAAUUCGCAGAUUCCAGAAUAUGAGAAACAGAAAUGCAAAUCAAUUUAGGUGAGGGAUAAUGUGACUAAUAUUGCUCGAAAAUAUUUGGAUUCCUGUGAGUUAAGAAGAAAUUUGAAUCAGUUUUGCCAGGCUUUUGUAAAUAGAAAAAUGAUUAAUUUCUUUCAAAUACAAAUGACACCUCCUCAAUAGGAUUUAAUGUUGAACCCCAUAGCCAUAGUUAUAAAACCAUAUCAAACCUUGUUGGUCGCUAAUUUCAUUGGAAAGGAUGAUAAUACUUACAUUUCAUAAAGGUUCUUGACCUUCAUUCAGAAGAUGUAACCCACAAAAUCAUUUCAAGAGAUGUCCAACUUGUACUAUUUUUCAAUGACUGAAAUUCAGGUCUAUGUCAAUCAUAUUAUGAUGAACAAUCAAAAUUAAAUGAGUUUGCUUCUCAAUAAGUUAACAGAUGAUUCCUAUUUUACUAUUGCGUGCACUCAAACUCAUAAAAAGUUGGCUGAGAAAAUUCCAUUAAAAUAAUAUGUUUCAUACAUCAAAUGCCCAAUGAGUUCUCAAUAAUUAAGAUAAGAUAGAAUAGAGAAAAUAGAGAGUCAGUUCUGUAAUAUUAUUGGAUUUAGGUUGAUUCGUGAAUGCCAGGUUUAUUUAUAUCAAAAGGAUCCUACCUUGACUUAGAAGAAAGUUGAGGAUGAGAUUAAUAAAAUUGCUGCUGAAUUGACAAAGAGCAAAGACAAAUAAGGAGAAAGAGAAAAGAAAUUCACUCAAUUAAUUCGAUUCUAUCAAUCACUUCUCAAAUUUCUGGGAAAACCAUACACAGUGUAAGAGAUCGCUUAUUAAAAGAAUAUGGAUAUCAGUAGACUCUGGGCACAUAUCCAUUGGCUUAAAUCUUUGGUUGGAUUUUAUUGCUUAUGAUAUAUUUUAAUAAAUGAUUCUAAUCUUUGUGAAUAAUUAUUAUUUAGA